AUGAGAAAAAAAGUUAAUCAAAUGACCGGGUUUAGGGUAGGUAAACUCGUAGUCGGCUGGGAUCGGCGGCUAACUCUGGCUGACAGCGCCUGGCAGUGAAGUGCUGCUGUUCUUAUAUCGCCCAGGGAUGAGCUUAUAAAGGAAUGCAAACAAAGAACUAAUUGUUGUAAAAAUAUUUAGAAAUUGACGAAUUUUUUUUUCUGAAACCAACAUUUUUGCAAUAUUUAGGUCAGUUUGUAUCAGUUUAUAUUGAUGUCUGCUCGGAGGAUUCAAAAAGUUCGUAACAGUGAUCCUAAAAUGACGAGAAUACAGCACAAUAGAUAUGAUGCUGUGACAAGGAAGCGCGAGGAGAGAGCCGUGAGGGAACAGUACAAACGGGAGCGCAAGAUAGACUCCUAUUUGGCUGAUGAUGAAAACUUUCCAAAUUUUUCAGCACAACUUGGUAAACUUGGAUUACAACUUCGAGACAUUCCAGGUGAUGGGAAUUGUUUGUUUCGAGCCCUUGGGGACCAGAUGGAGGGACAUGGCCGCAAUCAUUUCAAGUACAGAUUUGACGUAGUCACGUAUAUGUCAGACAAUCGGGGAGACUUUGAACCAUUUGUAGAGGAUGAUGUUCCCUUUGAUAAACAUUUGUCCAAUCUACGUAAGCUGGGCACCUAUGCAGGAAACGAUGCCAUUGUGGCCUUCGCUCGUUUUCAUCAAGUUAAUGUUGUGAUUCACCAGCUGAAUGCUCCCUUUCUACUGAUUCAGGGACAACAGAGCAGUCCCUUCCAGGUCAGACAGAUUCACAUAGCUUACCACAAUGGUGACCAUUACUCCAGUGUCCGCAAAAUCCAUGACAACACUGAGUCCCCCGCCAGUAUUAAAAUCAAGGUUGGUCAGGAGUCUGAGGGAAAAGGUGAUAAGGGAAGUAAGAAGACCAAUGGUCAUGUGACAGGGGGCAUGGUAUCAGCUGUCCGAGACGAGGCGAGCAUAGAGGAGGAGGUGAUGCUGGCCACUGGUUGUAUGGACGUGGAUCAGAUUCGUGAAGUAUUGACAGAUUCUGGGUAUGAUGUUGAGCUGGCUAUUGUAACCCUCUUACAGAUCAUGGAGCUUAAAGAAAAUGGUAUUGAGGACUCAGCUUCCCUGAAUUCUCAUUUGACCUCCACAGACAGUGGGGUGUGGUCUGAGGCCCCUCAGGGAUCAGGGGAGUCAGCCUCUCUCCAGAAAGGGGCCACCCACGUACGGGAGAACAGCUACGGGGGAAGCUCUGGGUAUGGGUCACUGAGCAGCUUCCCCGGUGGAGCAAGACCAAAACUACCUCCUCAGAUAAAACCUGAGACCGCCAAAGAAAAAAGAGAAAAUAAGAAAUUGGAAAAGAAGAAGAGAGCUGAAGAAAGGCAUAAGAUGAGGAUACAAGGGAAGACUCCUCAACUUCCUGUCAGCGAAGAGGAAAGUGCUGUCACUGUCAUCUCCAAAGACAUCGGCAUGAUGAAGAUUUGAGCUUGACAUGUAUUCGACAGGAAAAGGAGUAAAUAUAUGUAAACAAUGCAACUCUGAAUAUUGUGUUUCCUGUUUGUCUCCCUUUGUUGAGAUAUAUCCUGAGAUCUUUGAUUUGUGUGUAAAUAAGUUAACUUUCUAGAUUUACAGUUUAACGUACAGUACACCUCAGUCAGUUAAGCAAUGAAAAUUUUAAGAAAUACUCUGUCAUUACACCUUUAUGUACAUAUUGAUGUAUCAACAUUUUAUAACCAAUUAAGUGUCCAAAAAAUAGGGCAAUUGUUGAUUCCGUGUAGUGUAUACGUGUACAUAUAGAUGUUGUACAGAUACUGUGGUUCCAAAAAUGUUGAGUGGCAUCAAUUUUUAAAACAGAGAUUUAGAAUUGUGUAAUGAGUUUGUAAGUAGAACUUAUUAGCUAUGAAUUAUAAAAUCAAAAUCAUAAUAAAAAUAAGUUCUUUCACUUAAAAGUUUGGCCAGUAAAUGAUGCUGAUAAAAAAAAAGUAGAUAGCAAGGUUUACUUUACCCAAGUCAUUCGACUUCACUUGUUUGUUUGAAUGUUUGCUCAAGGAUCAGUCAGCAUCCAAUUUGAUAAUUAGUUUAUCAUAUUAUAAUUGUGCUGCAAUCUUGACUUUAGUUUUUGAUGCAGUAGUAUUUCCUUGUUGUUAGUUCAGUGUAAAAGUUAUCCAUAUAUAUGCAAAUACUAUGUUGAAUCAUUCAGCAACAUUUAGAAGGGAUAAAGACAAGGAGUUUACUGUGUAGUGAUUAUUGAUUUGUUUUAAAAUUAGUCCUUUUGAAAAAGAAACUUGGAAUAUUCUUGAUAUUGCUUUGUUUUAAAUUGACUGCAAAUGUAUUAUUUGAAUUGCAUGGUUCUUACAAUAGAUACAUAUGCUUGUUUUUUUUCUACUUGUAUACUUAAACCAAGACAAUUAUUGAUAUGUGUCAAAGAUGAAAACCUUUGAACAAUUGUACAAGAUGUAUCUGAAAUCUGGCAUAUUUGUGUUUAAUACCUAAUUAUUAUUCAAGAAAGCACAAUUUUGUUGUAUUGGAUGUAAGAAAUAAGGUACAGUAACAGGAAAUUGGUUAGGUUUAUAUGGUUGUUGAUAAAAAAAAAUGGUGUCUACCAAAAUCUUGCUUGUCAAAGAACUUGUUUAAGAAGUUCUCAUGCAAACCUUGACACACUAGAUAUUCAUCUGUUAACUAGUUAACAAGCUGGUGUUCAUUGUGUGACUGUGAUCCAAUUCCAUUGUCUUUCAAUGUUAAACACAUAUAAUCAUAUAUGUACCAUGGCAGAUUCAGAUUUUAUAUACAUUUAUAUAAUUAUAUUUACAUCCACUAAGUAUGAUUCCCUCUCUUUCUUAUGAAAAUUGAUUGUAAAUCACAGCUCUUUAGAAACUGACAGAACUGGAUCAAAUAUACACGAUCCAGCUCUUACCAGUUUAUCAAUCGGUUUAAACCCUCAGCAACCUAUGGAAAUCAGGGACCGCCUGAAAACAUCAUGAUGUUAGAUUCUAAUUCCCCAAAAAGAUUUUUUUGGCUAUUUUUCUUAUGGAAUGUACUGAUCAGAUGUACUAGUACAUUAACAAUAAUUUAGUUACUUUGGUGAUUCAUGCGGAAUAUGAAGGUACUAGUGAUCAUCGCAGAAAAAAUACAGUGGGUUUUAUAUUUUUUCUGCAAUGUGGCUACCUUCAUAUCCACACGAGUCACCAAGUAAAGCAUUUCAUUGUCAAAGUAAAUAAUAAUCAAUGCAAUAAUGCUGUUAUAGGAGUUUGACACUUCUGUGAACCUAGAUGUAAAGAUCAAUUUAUAGAUUGUCUAGUUAAUCACAGGGAUUCGGGUUUUGUGUACCAUUUUUGGACACAUAACUUUUCUGAUUUUCCUUCUGGUUAUGCCAUGAAAAUUAUAUCUUAUACCUUGUUUAGUGUGUUACAUUUUUUUCUUGCAUUAUAUCUUUCAAAAAAAUGUCUCUGCACUUUACUCUUGCUUGCUUUGAAAUCCAUUUCAAUGAUACAGGAUUUUGAUGACUCUAUUAUUAUAUUUGUUUGAUUAUUACAUUUAUAUUUUCAUUAAAAUAAACAGUAUAAAAAACACAAA